AUGGAUGCCGUGGGCAAGGACGUGCAGGUCGUUGGGGACGACCUGCUGGUGACCAACCCCAAGCGCAUCGCAAAGGGCAUGGAAGUGGGUGCCUGCAACGCCCUCCUGUGCAAGGUCAACCAGAUCGGCUCCAUCAGCGAGUCCAUAGAGGCGGUGGUGAUGUGCCAGAAGGCAGGUUGGGGCGUCAUGGUCUCGCACCGCUCCGGCGAGACCGAGGACUCCUUCAUCGCGGACCUGGUCGUCGGCCUGCGCACCGGCGAGAUCAAGACUGGGGCGCCCUGCCGGUCCGAGAGGCUCGCGAAGUACAACCAGCUCAUCCGCAUCGAGGAGGAGCUCGGCUCCAAG